AUCGGUGAUCGGUCCGUGCGCCGCCCGCAGCCCGCAGCCCGGUCAGCCACCGCCGCACGCGCCCACAGCACGUCCCGAGCCGACCGCUGGUUUUACUCGAGCGCGCGGGGUUUUAUCCUGAGGACUUGAGUCCACAGAGCCGAGGAGCGCCACCGCAACAGCUGCUGCACUUGCUUUUUGUUUGGGGUUUGUUUUUGUCCUGUUUUCGGUUGACAGGAUCCCCGGCUCCCGAUGCAAGGAGGCGUGAUGGAGAAAAUGUCCCGUCAUCCCGUCCCGCUGAAUCCAAGUUUCCUGCCCCCGGCGACGCACGGAGUCCUCAAGUCUCUCCUGGAGAACCCGAUGAAGCUGCCGCUGCAUCAUGAAGCUUUCAGCAAGGAGCAGGAGAAGGAGAAGAACCUGGAGGAGGAGCACAGCACCCCCCAGUCAGCCUUCCUGGGCCCCACACUGUGGGACAAGACCCUGCCCUACGACGGAGACACCUUCCAGCUGGAGUACAUGGACCUGGAAGAGUUCCUGUCUGAGAACGGCAUCCCCUCCAGUCCCUCCCGCCACCACCACGACCAGCACCAACCACACGGUCAGCCACGUCAGCCACCAAUCAUGCCACCGGCCCCACCCACGCCGGCGCCCUCAGUGAUGGACCUCAGCAACCACGCCUCCACCUCCGUAAACACAAGCGUCAUCUCCCCAAACUGCCUGCACAGCAGCCCGGCAAGAGCAGGCCUCCCAAACUCCAGAAACACUCCCAGCCCCAUCGACCCAGACUCCAUCCAGGUUCCUGUUGGGUACGAGCCCGAUCCAGCAGACCUGGCUCUGUCCAGCGUGCCGGGCCAGGAGAUCUUCGACCCACGCAAGCGCAAGUUCUCUGCCGAGGAGCUGAAACCGCAGCCGAUGAUCAAGAAAGCUCGCAAGGUCUUCAUCCCGGACGACCUGAAGCAGGAUGACAAAUACUGGGCCAGGCGCAGGAAGAACAACUUGGCAGCCAAGCGGUCCCGUGACGCGAGGCGGCUCAAAGAGAACCAGAUCGCCAUCCGAGCCGGCUUCCUGGAGAAGGAGAACUCGGCUCUGAGGCAGGAGGUGGCCGACCUGAGGAAAGAGCUCGGACGCACCAAGAACAUCCUGGCCAAGUACGAGGCGCAGCACGGGCCGCUGUGAGGACACACACAAACACACGCAAAAGUAUAUAUACAUGUAUACACAAACACACACGCUGAGAAUGAUGACCCCGCCUUCUCCUGGUCCACCAGUGACCCCCCCCUUUCAAGUACCCUCCACAAACACAGUCCCGAUGACUCGACUCAUGGCAGGUAAAGGCCUCAGAUCCAGAAAAUGACUUCGAAUGAAACUUCGACCUUUCAUCCCCGGUGUCCUGACUCGGAGCAGUCCACCAACGAGAUCAUUAAAUACUCAAGCCACUGAUAUAACCACGGAGAGAAAUCAUCUCACUUGACAGGAACAUUUCUCCUGAUAGUUUUUCACUGCUGCUGAAAAAUACAUGAUCACAAACCUUAAAGGAUCAGUCUUGCAAUGUCCUUCGUUUUCCUCACUGUCAACAAAUCAGCUGAAAAGGCCAAAACCGACCACAGUGUGUCGGUCCGUCUCUCGCCACCGUCUGACUCUGUCUGUGGCUCUCAGCUCCGAGCUCAUUGGUUCCUGCUGAAGACGUAAAUCUUCAAAAAAAGCACCUCAAAAAUACACUUUCAUUUUUUUUAACAGACGUAGUUUUUAACAAACGUUGCUCAAUGGAAAUGGUGCGUUUGUCGGGGACUGUUUUCAGCAGCGGAUGAAUCCACAUCUGGUGCUGCAGCGAGUACUUCUGGCGGCAGGACGAUGUGUGUGUGUGUGUGCGGGACUGAGUCCGAAUAAACCAGUGUGUGCGCUCAUGUUGAUGAAGGAACGUGUGACCCAGAGCAUCACUGAGUCAGAUACAUCAGGCUGUAGACACACAGAUGGUACCGGUUAGCAGCGGUCGCCUGCUGCUCGUCCAACCCAUCACUCAAAGUCAUUGAAUACACACAUGCACACGGGUCGACUCUUUGGCCUUGUGAACUCUCGUCGUGGACUCUUCAGCUCGCCACACUGACCUGCCCCCCUCCCCCCAUCGAGGCACCCGACGUCCGACCCUCCUUUCCCAGUGUAUGGUGACGGCACUUUAACACUACCGAUGCCUCGCUCUCUGCCGACCCCUCACAGACUCCGCCCCUGCAGGUGUGUCCCCACGAUGCACCUCUUCACACGCAUACCUGCGUUCGCUCCGCUCCGCUCCUGACGACUCUGUACAUGAAUGUGUGCCGCCUCCUGCCCGUCUCCCAUUGUUUGUUUUUUUGCCUUUUUGGGGCCCUGAGCUUUAUCUUUGUGGAUAUUUAUGAAUAUAAAAACCACAAAGACACGUAGGAUAUCGUAACUCUAAGAUGCACUCACUGAUUUUCAUAUAGUGCCCUAAAAUGCCAAGAAAAUGUUUCAUUUUUUUAUGACCCCCGAAAUGUAUUUGUUGUAAUCCUCCGAUUUGCUGUAACAACAUCAGGGAGCGCAUCUUUAAAUCCUCAGAUCAGGACGCAAAGAGCAAAGCGAGGAAACGGAAGAGAGUCGGCGUUUUCGGUUCGUUCUCAGCGGCCUCGUAAUCUGCCGAGGCCGGAGGGCUGCGAUCGGUUCACGCGCACCGGCUGCGGGUUUGAUGACCUGAUGCUCGCUCUGCUGCCUGAAGACGAUGCCGCAACCCGACGGCAACGCAUUUAGGUUUCAGGGUCUGAGGUGGGCUCAGACCGCAGCUCCCGUGCCUGUGAACUGAGCGUUUGUUGAUUAAUGUGACAUUGUCCCUUCGGUGUUUGUUUGCUGAAUGAACACCUUCCGCUUCUGCCAGUUUAUCCGUCGAAUGUUUGUCUCCCAGCGCGUGAGAUGAGCCGCAUCUGUCUCUUUGAAUUUUGCCACCGUGCGCGUCAAAAUCCCGACCUCGCCGCGACGCUCAGUCUGCUGCCGGUUCAGACGCAGAACCAGACACUAGAAAUUCCCACCGCUGCUGCUCGAUGCCUGGGAGAAGUGUCUCCUACCCUGGCGGCUGGAACUUAGUUAUUUCACAGAUUCGCUUUUCCUAUUACACAUUGUUUUCACUGCGUAACAGUGACUUGCUGCUCACUUGUUUGAGUCAGUUUGAAAAUCUAUUCAAGUCCAUGAAGAGUCCAGUUAUUGAAACCCGGUAUUUCGACUACGUCCAGUUGAUCGGGACUCAUUAGACUAAAUUUGGACGAGCUGGUACUUUUGAUAUUAUUAUCUCGUGUGAGCAGGACAACAUUCUGUAUGUUUGCCUGAUAUUUCAUGAAAACAAGAUCAUAAUAUCGAAGGUACAAGAACUUGUCUGUGCAAAAUAUGUCGUGUGAGUGAGAUCUCGUGCGGACGAGUCAGUAAUUUGUUCAUUCAAAACAUCUUGAGCAAACAAAGCAACACGUUGCCUGCGUUUACGAGGCAGUGACCCGCGUGGACUUGAGAUCCUCAGUGAACUGUAAUUAGCACAUGAACUCUUUAGGAAACACGGUGGAAUGGACUCUUUCGCUCUACGUUUAGCUUCGGGAGUCGUCCCGCGCGCUCGGGCCCCACUGCACGGGUCCAUUUCCUGGAUCAGGGAGACCAAAUACUGGCACGGUGAAUGUAGACCGAGGGAUCUGUACGGCCAUGACGGCCUGACACGUCAUACGAUGUUCAUGUUGUCAGACGACCUGUCAGUGUCGUAUGGCCGCGUUGCGACGGUGCGUGACAGGAGCUGAUUCCGAUCUCUCUUGCUUUUGCCAGUUUUCAGUUGGGACUCGACGGUAAAAGCUGAUUAGCAGUCGACGGCGACUCAGUGAAGGAAAAACCCGGAUUGUCGAAAAAGAAAAAAGGGAUUUUCCUUGAACAUUUCAUUACACGCUGUUGCUGAUCAUCAGUUUGGUUUCCUCAAAUCGGUCGAGAGAAAACAAUCGGUCUUCUCUUUGUUUUGAAUGUUUUAAGAAAGGGUUUUCUAAGCUCAGAGGUUGGUACAAUAUUUGUCAAUCAUUCAGAAGGAGUUGAAAUAUUCACCCGUCUUUGAAUAUUUUUCUCCCUUUUGUUUCAUUCGCUUAAGAAACCAAACUUGUUCCCUUCAGUGCAAUCGAUGGCUCCGCGUGAGCUUUUAUUCUUAUUUCCCUUCUCUCGGUGGUUUUUCUCCAAAGUGUAGCUCAGCGACGAGUACGCCCCCCGGUGGCCGAGUGAGACAUGAAUGUAUAUUUGAAACAGUGCGUUGGGUGAGUGGUGUUGUCUUUUACUGUGGAACCACUUCAGCACUCUUUACUACAGACCAAAAGAAUACAGUAUACAAAGGAUAUAUUGAUAUAUUAAAGGUUUUAAUGUUUAUACAGAGCUAUUCUUGUUUUUUGUACAGUCUGUUUUCCUACAUAGAUAUUUCCUGUGUAUUUUGGAAAGGGUUACGCGAAUAUAAGCAGCGUAUUACACGUAUGAAUAGAAAUAUAUUCGGAGAUGCUACCCAACCAGCCUGGGCGAUGCAUGGGCAUUAUGGAAAUCCUGCGAGGUUCGUCGCGUCCGAUCCUUUCCUCCCUCCGUAGUUGAAAUACCUCAACCCCCCCCCUGCCCCCGCCUCUCUGGACCCCCAGCGCACCCCUGCAGGUGCCACAUCGGCCCAUUCAGUUCUUGGGCAGCUUUUGCACCAGGUGAUCCGCUCCUCCACCUUAACGUUUCAGCGAGGACACAGUCACCUCCGUCUACGUAUAGAUGCUCAUGUAUGUAUAGUUUCAGGGCUGCGUUUAGCCCAGAGGAAUGUAUUCACCCAACCUGAAGCACUUGUUUUUCUUGCUCCUGUUCAGUUGUGAU